GAUCACAUUUACACCCAUUGCUAGCUUGGAAAACCUCCCUCUCGCGGUCUAAGCUAUUAUUAAUUAAUUUACUCUGCCUGCUUUUCUGGGUUCACGUAGCUACCACUUUCACACUCACAGUCUCUCUCUUUCCCUUCUCAUUGUUAUCUCCUUUUGAGAUUCUUUUCAGGGUGUUUUACAAGAUUUAGUCUUAUGGCUCUGCUUACCACUCUUAUUCUUCUUUUAGCCGUGUUAUCCGCUGUAAGAGCCGACGAAGAACCUUUCAUUGGUGUAAAUAUUGGAACCGACCUCUCAGACAUGCCACAUCCUACUCAAGUAGUAGCCCUACUAAAAGCCCAGCAAAUCCGACAUGUCCGGCUAUAUGACGCUGAUCGGGGGAUGCUAGUUGCACUAGCAAACACAGGAAUUCAGGUCCUUGUUUCUGUCCCAAAUGAACAACUCCUAGGAAUUGGUCAAUCAAAUUCUACUGCAGCCAAUUGGGUGUCCAAGAAUAUUGUGGCACAUUAUCCAGCGACAAACAUCACAGGCAUAUGUGUAGGUUCAGAGGUUCUAACCACUCUCCCAAGUGCAGCACCAGUUCUUGUAAAUGCCAUGAAGUUCAUUCAGUCAGCCCUCAUUGCGUCUGAUUUAGAUCGCCAUAUAAAAGUUUCAACGCCCCUUCCUCCGUCCUUAAUUCUUGAUCCUUUCCCACCUUCCCAAGCCUUCUUCAACCAUUCAUGGAAUCCAGUUUUGCUCCCCAUGCUAAAUUUCCUGCAGUCCACGGGUUCGUAUCUCAUGCUCAACGUAUAUCCAUACUAUGAUUAUAUUCUCUCUAAUGGUGUGAUUCCAUUGGAUUAUGCGCUCUUUAAGCCUCUCCCUCCAAGCAAAGAAGCUGUCGACUCUAACACACUUGUUCAUUAUUCCAAUGUCUUUGAUGCUACCGUGGAUGCAGCAUACUUUGCAAUGGCAUUUUUGAACUUCACUAAUAUUCCUGUUGUAGUGACUGAAUCAGGCUGGCCAUCAAAAGGCGAUUCCAAUGAGCCGGAUGCAACUUUGGAAAAUGCAAACACUUACAACAGCAAUUUAAUAAGGCAUGUGCUGAACAAAACCGGAACUCCGAAACACCCUGGAGUUGCCGUUAGUACUUAUAUCUAUGAGCUCUAUAAUGAGGAUACAAAACCUGGACCAAUCUCUGAGAAGAACUGGGGACUGUUUGAUGCAAAUGGAGAUCCUGUUUACAUAUUACGCUUGACUGGUGCUGGAGCAGUGUUAGCUAAUGAUACUACAAACCAAACUUAUUGCACUGCCAAGGACGGUGCUGAUCCUAAGAUGCUGCAGGCAGCAUUAGAUUGGGCAUGUGGAGUGGGAAAGGUUGAUUGCUCGCCUUUGCAGCAGGGAAAACCCUGCUAUGAGCCUGACAAUGUGAUCACACAUGCAACUUAUGCUUUCGACACUUACUAUCAUCAGAUGGGGAAGACCCCUGAGGCCUGUGAUUUCAAUGGGGUGGCUGCAAUCACCACGACAGAUCCAAGUCACGGUUCCUGUAUGUUCCCAGGAAGCCUCGGUAGGAAUGGUUCAUUUGUAAAUAUCACAGCCCCAUCUAUGAAUUCCACAGCAGUUUCUUCUUCCUACAAGAUUUACAGCAAUGAAGCAUUAAGAAGUAUCUUGACAUUAAUAUUUGUACUAAUCUGCAGUGUUAUUUUCCUGUAGAGAGUAUUGAAUUGUACUUUCACCAUUGAGUUUAAUUUUUAUAGAAACAGUGGGUUCAGGAAAGUAGUCAUUCAAUUUUGUGAAAAAACAAACUCAAGGGCGUGUUGUAAGGGGCCAGCUUCAUUGUAUUUGCAUUAUCUAUCAUUCUUAUUAUUAUUAUUAUGAUUUUCUACAUUA